AUGAUACAAUCCUCGACAUCGCAUCAUCGUUCGAAUGAUAUAUCAGAGAUGAUCUAUCGUCUGAAAACACGGUUGGCAUUGGCGAAUUUCAAACGACAACACGGUUACGAACGGUGCGAUUUAAAUACGCUCGAGUUGAAUCUGUUACUGCGACCGACCAUGAAAAGUUUGAUGAAUAAAAGGGCAAGGGCCGUGUCGGCUUUUCCACAACCGCAGCAUCGUUACUACCCUACUCCGCCGCUACGCAAUAAGAUCCACAAAAGUAAAUCGUCAUGCAGUCCGACGCAGAUUCAGGUACCCUAUUCCGCUCAGCGGAGCACUUCACCUCGUCCUGCCUACUCGCCACUCAGUUACGAUUCCAUGUCAUCCGAUGAUGAAGACGCCGCCAAUCUGCUGGUCAUGCUUCAUCACACUACUAUGACCUCGUUACCUAAUAUUAAACAUUGGCCGACGGGCAUGUGGGUCGUCUUUUUGACCGCUGUAGGUGUUAUUUUGGCAUUUGCUGCUUUUCACAUUUACCUUGCAGUGGAACAACCGUUACCGUUUGUCAUUUAUUACGUUUGCGGACUUUUAGUGCCCAGCUUCUUCCUCGCCGCUUCUUUUGCGAUUCAAAAAGAAGUCAACACGAACUGGACCCGUACUUUUUUGUUCCGAUUCCGACAACAACCAAAGCCUUCCUCAAUUCAUUACGGAGCAACCAAGCCGGACGAUCUAGAAGGUGCGUCCACCCGAUCUGCCACACCCGAACAACCACCUACACCGCAACCCGAGUCGGAGACUCAACUAUUGACAGGACCUUAUAAUCCAUACACCAGUCGGAUCAACAUCCACCUGCAUCAUUGGCAAAUAUUUUACAUGUUAGCGUUCUUUACCAGAUUCACACAUCCGGUAUCACAGGUCGCCGCCGGUAUCGUCUUGGCUUGUUACAUGGAAGGCAUCUGUGCUUAUGGCUAUGAUUCCUUGGUCAAUGAUGGCUGA